UCCUGCUGAAAUCUUUGGGGUGUUAGAGAAUUAUAGAAAGGUUGUUGCUUUCCGGUGAAAAUAAGCCAUACAUAACUGAAGUUGUUACUUUGCUAAAGCCUCUUAGAUUAAAUGGAACUCCUGGAUCAUAUUUGAAGCUAUCUUGUCUGGCUUGUGAUAUGCCUAAGAAGGACCUGUGGGUAGGGACAACUGACCUCGAUCCCACAGCAGUUGUUGGCAGCGCAGACGGCUGUGACACUAUGAUAAGCAAUGACUCCAGCCAAUCUGAAAUGAGUGACAGUGGCUAUGACUAUCUAUCUGUGGAGGAGAAGGAAUGUCUAAUGUUUCUUCAAGAAACACUAGAUUUGCUGGAUGCUGAAGCAGACAGUGGGCUAUCUACGGAUGAGGCUGAGAUUGCUGAGCCUUCCAGGCAUCCACAGACAUGGCCUAAGAGAGACAAUCCCAAAGAACUGGACCAUGAAAAUCUUGGAAAGCAUCAAAAAAAUGAACAAAAGAGCAAAAAGAGUGUUUCACAUUCUGUUCCUAUUAUCACAAGUCCAGGCUAUCGCAGCCUUCCCAGGAAUGUUGGUGUGAUAAAGGACCCCCAAACAAACAAGAAUUCCUUCACAAAGACAACAGGCUCUAAUGACGAUGAUCUAAACACUCUUCCUCAGUUGCACUUGAGUUCAUGGAGGUCACAUAAUCUCGGGUAUGUGGACAUACCAAAUGACCAACCCAGCAUGAGUACACAGGUAAAGACCAUCAAUUUGGAGUCCGUGGUUAUUCCACCACCUGAGCCAUUUCAGGAUCAGCAAAAAAGCCAUUCCACAACAGGCCAGGAGUCACUACAAGAUUCCUGUAAGGAUCUUGCAAAAGGGGCACCUGAUCACUUUGAGGUUAAGAGAAAUACUAACAUAAUAGAGGGUUAUGAGGCUAAAGCUGCCCAGCAGCACUCUUCAUCAGGGAAGGUGGGACAGACAUUUGGAAAAGAAGCUGUUUUAAGACCACUGUCUCCUCAGCCAAAACAGAAUAUAAUUGAAAGCACCCAGGCCAAUUAUAAAAAACCUACAGUGGAAGAAUCUCCCCUGGAUUCCAGCUUCAAGCAAGGUCCUCCAACUGCACCGAAGCCCAGGAAGCUACCACCAAAUAUUAUCCUCAAAACCAGCAGAAGCAAUACUAUGUCACUCACUGUGGACUCCAGUCACAAGAUAAAAGUGCUUUCUCCAUCAAAUGGCAGACCCAGAGCAGCAACAGGUGAUUUUUCCACAGAAAAGGUACAUUCUCUCCAGAAACAGCAGGACCGAGCCAGGCGAGAGGCUCUUGAGAAACUGGGUCUCUCACAAGAUAAAGAUCUAGAAGAUGAUGGUGCCAAAAACUCUGCUCUCUCGAAAUCCAGAGAGAUUCCAAGGACUAGCAGCAGGGAGAAUGUAAAUAUCGAUAACGUUGCUGUGGAUAAGAAACCUGAACAGAAGCAUAACCAAAUUGGAGAGAAAGGCUUCCACCCUAUGGAGAUCAAUGUUCCAGGUAUCAAACAGGCACACUUUAAAUCCAACACACUGGAGCGAUCAGGAGUGGGCUUGAGCAGCUAUGUCUCUUCUGGCAGUGAGGAUAAGAAUAAUAAGAACAGUAGCUCACCUGGCAAAACCUCCCUUUUGGACAAGAUAGCUCCAAGUUUUCUCAGGAAUAACCGGCCACGUACAGUUUCCCUUGGCAUUGGGAGUGACUUCACUGAUCUAAAGGAGAACAGAAUACAGAAUUAUGAGUUGGAAAAUAGUGAUAAGCGAAGAUCUUACCCACUUCAGAACCCUGCAAAGCUUCCCAGGCCCCCAUGUGUCAGUGUAAAAAUUACACCUAAAGGGGCCACAGCUGAGGACCGAAAGGAGGCUCUGAAAAAACUCGGCCUGUUGAAAGAGUAAGACUAAUGACUAAUUGAACACAAAAUGGUGUUUUCGGACAGGUGGCUUAUUGCUAAAAACUGGACAAUCUGUAGUAUAAGCGUUGGUUUAGCAUGUAGGUAUGUCCAGUGGGUUAACCUGCGCUGGUCUCAACUGGCAGCAUGAGAACAGGCUUCUCAUUCACAUUUUUUCCUCUUUAUUUUGUUGGAGGUAAAUAUUUAGAUUAAUCUUUGCCCUACAUAGACAUUUGAUCACCUGUAUAAAAUCUCUGUAUGUAUUGUACAUAGUGUUUUAUGUGUUGUAUAUAGUUAUGACUCUUUCAAUGUAAUAAGUAGUUGUUAAACUUGAGGGGGGAAAUGUCAGAGGUAUAGGCUAAUAUUAUUAGAGCAAACCAUGGGCUCUUGGUAUAUACAGGGGCAUUUUGUUAAGAUGGUAGCUGUAUGGCUAGUACUUUUAUUUGAUCAAUAUGUGGAUUUUGAUUCUGCAUUUAAACAUCUGGGCCUGCUAAUUUGAUUUGGAGAUGCUGAAACCACCAUCAGCACCUGACUAGGUAAACCAUAGAUUGAAAAAUAUACGCUGUAUGAUUCUGUGCAUAAGUUUCUCAAAGACCCAAGUACUUGGUAGUUCACUUAGAAUGCAGAUUCUAGAUUUUAAAAUAAACAGUGAAACUGAAA